AUGGCCAUCUCACAGACCCUUUACAAGAUCCUGUCCAGGAAGGACCAGAUUACCAAAGAAAGCUACGUCCGACUCCAGCAAUCUGCCGACGAUAUCACAAUCCUGCCAGAGCACACCGAUGAAAGAAGACCCGGAGCUGAAAAUGUACCGACAACAUGGCAAGCCGAAGCCCAAUACAUCAGUGCGAACGGCGCCCCGAUGGCUCUCGCAUGCUUACUGGAAUAUUCACUAUCGACAACCACUCUAAUCACAGUCGGGCGCCUUGGAAUCAUUGAGCUGGGCGCCGCCAGCCUGGCAAGUAUGACGGCCAACAUGACCGCGUACAUGAUCUACUAUGGUCUAGCCACAAGCAUGGACACAUUGUGCGCGCAGGCAUACGGGGCCGACAUGACGCACCUGGUCUCGGUACAUUUCCAAUGCAUGGUCUGCUUUCUGUACAUAGUGACGGUGCCGAUUAUAGCCCUGUGGUCUGUUGCAGACAAGAUACUUCCGAACGUGAUACGACACGAGGAGACCGCUCUGCUUGCUGGUAGAUAUCUACAGGUGGCUGCGUUUGGGACCCCUGCGUAUGUCGCGUUCGAAUGCGGCCGGCGGUAUCUCCAGGCACAGGGCGUAUACUGUGGUUCUAUGUAUGUCUUGAUGGUUUGCGUUCCGUUCAAUGCUUUUAUGAACUGGUUCUUGGUCUGGUACUGCAACAUGGGUUUCAUCGGUGCACCUGUGGCCCUAACCAUCACUGACAACCUGCUCCCCUGGUGUCUCCUGCUCUAUGCCUACUGGGGAAAACGGGAUAAAUGCUGGCAUGGAUUCACCCGGCAAGCACUCCAUGGCUGGGGCCCAAUGAUCCGUCUCGCAAUCCCAGGGUUUCUCACAGCCGAAGCAGAGUCCCUCACAUGGGCCAUCAACACAGCCGUCGCUUCGUACCUGGGGCCUAACGCGCUCGCAGCGCAAACAAUCCUGUCCACCGUCGUCCAUAUUGCCUGGCAAAUAUCGUAUGCGCUCUCCAAUUCUACAAGAGUGCGGAUUGGAAACUGGAUCGGCGCUGCGAGUGAGUACGCAGCCCGCACCGCGAGCAAAGCCGCGCUCUAUGUGGCGCUUACAUCGGGCGUUGCUAUCAUGGCAUUCCUGCUUGCGUGUCGAGACUACAUUGCGAGAACGUUCACGACAGACGCCGGGGUGAUUGACUUGGUACUUGGCAUUAUUCCGCUGUGUGGUGUGGCCCAGCUCUGCGAGGCAUCCAGUAUGGUUGCCGGUGCGGUUCUUUGCGGUAUUGGACGGCCGCAUGUUACUUCCUGCGUGCAAGGGCUGGCGUUCUUGGUGACGUUGCCGACUAUACUGGGCACGGUAUUUGGGCUUGGGUGGCAUAUUUACGGCCUGUGGGUGGCUGCUAUACUGAGCCCGCUUUGCGCGGCGUGCGUGGAGUGGGUUUUCCUGAGGGGAGUAAGCUGGAAGGCGUGUAUAGACGAUGGGAUGAAGAACCUGGGCGUGUAG